AUGUCGACAAAUCCUAGAAAUCCUGAGUCCAAGGGACCAGCCAUGGCCAAACCAACCCCUUUCGACAGAAAUAGGAAACGAACCGAGCAAUUCCUCCACGAAAUCGACUUAAUGAUCCUCGCCAGGAAAUAUGAUUUUCCCGACGAAUUUGCUAAAAUCGCCUAUGCCCUGUCCUACAUGAAAGGAGGAUCCGCCGGUAUAUGGUCUAGAAAUUUCACAAAAUCCAGAAACGAAGCAGAUGACUGGGCUCUAUAUACAUGGAAGGAAACCCCAGAAAAAACCUCAGUCCGCAAGAAAAUCUCUACAGAUUUUGAGGAAUUUAACAAGACAUCAGACGCCAGAGACAAACUGGCUAGAAUAAAUCAAGGAAAAGAAUCCUUUAACGCAUACCUCCAACUUUUUGAACAAAUCGCAGAAUUGUCUGGGGUCGACCUAGAAACCAAGAAAACACAUUUCCUACGCGGCCUAAAAUGGGAACUGGCUCGAGGAAUCUACCAAGAUCCUGCCAAACAAGAUACAUGGGAAGAACUAGUAGCAAAAGCUAAAAGACAUGAAACAAUGCGUAUAGAAGAAAUGCGCGCGCGCGACCUCAGGCAAGGAAAAUACCAAGUCUUUACCCCAAGCAAUUAUUACUCCAACAUCGCACCUCCUCGCCAAGAAAGGGAAUCGCAAUAUGUCCCAAUGGACGUAGAUGCAGCAGAAAUGGAGGCUGAUGCCAUCUGCACUCGCUUCAAGAAGCUCACACCCGAGGAAAGAAGCCGACUCGCCAAAGAAGGCAAGUGCUUCUAUUGUAAGAAGCCCGGACAUAUGGCGCGCGGGUGUCCCUCUCGGCCCAAACAAAGAUUCCCACCCCCUUCCCGAGGAAGAUUCCAACCAAAGCGCCGCAUGAUGCGCGCCAUGGAAGAAGAAGAAGGAGGUGACGAAGAAGAUCAAGAAGAAGGAAAGCAGAGGGUCGCCCACAUUCAACAAAUGAUGAUGGGCCUCAGCAUGGACGAAAUUGAAGAAGUUCGUGCCUUUAGCGAAUCGAAGAAUUUUUAA